AUGAACCUUUUUAGAAGCCUGGGAUCGUCAGUAAGGCGAAUCCCGGUGUUUUCAGGCUCUCAGCAUGCUCGGCUGCUGACAACGGGCUUCCGUGCCUUGCAAGUGGAAACUAAGACAGCACCAACCCCAGUCAGUGUUCGAAUGCUCAAAAUUGUGCCCAACGACACCGAUCUUGUCACUUUGGAGAAACAAGAUGCCUUGAUCAAAAGAAGACGCAAGCUUUCCAAGGAAAUUGUAAAGCUGAAAAAGCUAAAACCGGUUUCCCCAGGUCUCAGAUGGUACAGGGCCCCCAUCUACCCAUAUCUGCACAAUGGGCGUCCCGUCAGGUCUUUGACGGUAGCCAAACGAUCUCAUGGUGGUAGAAACCAUUCUGGUCGUAUUACUGUGCGCCAUCGUGGUGGUGGUCACAAGCGUAGAAUCCGUUUGGUUGAUUUCACACGUUUCACUCCAGGCGAACAAAUUGUGCAAAGAAUCGAGUACGAUCCCGGCAGAACGGCACAUAUAGCACUCAUCAAGCAUUCAUCGACCGGAGAGCUAAGCUACAUUCUUGCGUGUGAUGGUUUGAGAGCUGGCGACGCCGUCGAAUCGUACAGAAGAGGUGUUCCCGAAAAUCUACUCCAAGAAAUGGGUGGUAAGAUCGACCCUGCUAUUCUCAGCGUGCGUACCGCUCAAAGAGGUAACUGUCUCCCUAUAUCGAUGAUUCCAGUUGGUGCAAUCAUUCACAAUGUGGGUGUCACACCCAUCGGACCCGGCAAGUUCUGUCGUGCCGCUGGUACAUAUGCGCGUGUGAUUUCAAAAUUUCCAGAUAGAAAGAAAGCUAUCAUUCGCCUACAAAGUGGUGAGCAGCGUCUCGUUGCAUUGGAGGCAUGUGCUACGUUAGGUGUUGUGUCCAACAUCGAUCACCAAAACCUUUCGCUGGGUAAAGCUGGUAGAUCCAGAUGGCGUGGCAUCAGACCUACAGUGAGAGGUGUGGCAAUGAACAAGUGCGAUCACCCUCACGGUGGUGGUAGAGGUAAAUCGAAGUCCAAGAAACUUUCGGUCUCUCCCUGGGGUCAACUGGCCAAGGGUUUCAAAACUAGACGUGGUAAGAAUCAAAAUAGAAUGAAGGUCAAGGACAGACCGAGAGGUAAACAAGGAAAGGCUAUGAGGCAAUGA